AUGAAAACACUAACAUUUGUGCCUUUGUUCAUUUUGAUCAGCGAAACAAUAGCAAUAGUUAGGGCAGUUAAUCAAGAUGAAUGGUGGACUAGUACGAUUUUUUACCAAAUCUAUCCGAGGUCAUUCGCUGACAGCGAUGGUGAUGGCAUUGGGGAUUUAAAUGGAAUCAUUUCUAAAUUGGACUAUAUUAAGGGAUUGGGUGUUGGAGCGAUUUGGUUGUCACCUAUAUUUCAGUCUCCAAUGUACGAUUUUGGGUAUGAUAUCUCUGACUUUUACGCCAUUCAGGAUGAGUAUGGAACUAUGGAGGAUUUUGAGGCUUUAACGCAAAAAGCUAAGGAACUUGACAUUAAAGUUGUCCUCGAUCUCGUGCCGAAUCACACAUCAAACGAGAGCGUGUGGUUCCGAGAGGCUCUUAACGGCAACAAGAAAUAUUACGACUACUUUAUUUGGGAGGAUGGCGUCAUUGACGAAAGCGGGAAUAGGCACCCGCCUAAUAAUUGGCUAAGCCAUUUCCGCGGCAGCGCUUGGGAAUACAGGGAAGAAGUUGGCAAGUAUUAUUUGCAUCAAUUUGUUGUCGGCCAGCCAGAUCUCAACUACCGCAACCCCGACGUUGUUCAAGAAAUGAAGAACGUAAUUAGUUUUUGGUUGGAGAAAGGGGUUCACGGAUUUAGAGUGGAUGCCGUUAACUGCUUGUUUGAAGUCGAUAAGAAUCUAUUUGGAGGGGUUUAUCCCGAUGAACCACCCUCGGGGCGUACUGAUGUCGAUUCAGAUAAUCACGACUACCUGUCUCACAUUUACACCAAAGACUUGAACGAAACGUACUAUAUGGUAUAUGAAUGGAGGGAAUUGUUAGAUGAAUUCGCAGAAAAAGACGGCGUUGCAAGAGUAAUGAUGACUGAAGUAUAUGCGACAAUUCAGAAUGUUGUGAGAUAUUAUGGUGAAGGGGAUAUAAAAGGCGCCCAAAUACCGUUCAACUUUGAUCUGAUCACAGAUGUGGACGCAUCAUCGACUGCCCCAGAUAUAAAGUAUACUAUUGACAAAUUCAUAACAUAUAAACCGUUAGACCAAAUCCCAAAUUGGGUGGUUGGUAAUCAUGACCAAAGUCGGAUGGCUACUAGAUUCGGGUCAACAUUGAUAGAUGGAAUCAACAUGUUGGUUUUACUUCUGCCUGGAGUUGGUGUAACGUACAUGGGUGAAGAAAUCGGUAUGGUAGAUGGAUAUGUGAGUUGGGAAGACACUGUUGAUCCUGCUGGGUGUAACACUAAUGAUCCCAUAAAUUAUAUAAUAUCGUCGAGAGAUCCUGAAAGAACUCCGUUCCAAUGGAAUGCAGGCAAGAAUGCAGGUUUUUCCACCGGGGAUAAAACAUGGCUGCCUGUUGCUGACGGAUAUGAGACUUUGAACGUAGAGGAACAGAUUGCAGCAGAAAAGUCUCAUUUGAAGGUCUACCAGGUGUUAGCGCAACUUCGUCAGAAUCCUGUGUUUCGACAUGGCCGUUAUGAGUCACUUGCAAUCAAUAAUGAUAUCCUAGCCUUCAGGAGGUGGUUAAAUAAAGAGACUUUUGUUAUAGUACUGAAUUUGAAAGAUAAAGACCACGUCGUGGAUUUGACUCACUUUGAGAAUGUCAGAUGGAAACUUAAGCUGGUCUUGGGCAGUAUUCAAUCAGAUAAACAUAAAGAGCAAAUUUUCGAAGCAUCUUCUCUGCCAAUAAAUGGAUAUGAAGCAUUGGUUUUACGAGUUAUAUAG